CUCCUCCAUCCCCUCCCCCUGCCCUCCUCCCGCGCGCCCCGCUUUGUGUCCGUGGUCUCCCGCGCGGGACAGAGGGACCGGCCGGAGCCGGCGCUUUCUCGACACUAGACCUGAACUCCGACUGGGCGCCAGAGUACAGUCGCUUUGAAUCCAAGAUACAUGACUUGCGAGAACAAAUGAUGAACAGCAGCAUGAGUUCUGGGUCUGGGUCUCUCCGAACCAGCGAGAAGAGGUCCUUGUAUGUCAGGGCCCUGUUUGAUUAUGAUCGGACUCGGGACAGCUGCCUGCCAAGUCAAGGACUCAGUUUCUCUUAUGGUGACAUUCUGCACGUCAUUAAUGCCUCUGAUGAUGAGUGGUGGCAAGCCAGGCUGGUGACUCCCCAUGGAGAAAGUGAGCAGAUUGGUGUGAUCCCUAGUAAAAAGAGGGUUGAAAAGAAAGAGCGAGCUCGAUUGAAAACUGUGAAGUUCCAUGCCAGGACAGGGAUGAUUGAGUCUAACCGGUCGGUCAAAACGAAACGUAAAAAGAGUUUUCGCCUCUCUCGAAAGUUUCCAUUUUACAAGAGCAAAGAAAACAUGGCCCAGGAGAACAGCAUACAGGAACAGGGAGUGACCUCCAACACCAGUGACAGCGAGAGCAGUUCCAAAGGACAAGAGGAUGCUAUCUUGUCAUAUGAGCCAGUGACACGGCAAGAAAUUCACUAUGCCAGGCCCGUGAUCAUCUUGGGCCCAAUGAAGGACCGAGUCAAUGAUGACCUGAUCUCUGAGUUUCCACAUAAAUUUGGAUCCUGUGUACAACACACCACCCGGCCUCGGCGUGACAAUGAAGUCGACGGGCAGGAUUACCACUUCGUGGUUUCCCGGGACCAGAUGGAGAAGGACAUCCAGGACAACAAGUUCAUCGAGGCGGGCCAGUUCAACGAUAACCUCUACGGGACCAGCAUCCAGUCAGUGCGGGCAGUUGCAGAGAGGGGCAAGCACUGCAUCUUAGACGUGUCCGGCAACGCUAUAAAGAGACUGCAGCAAGCACAACUUUACCCCAUUGCCGUCUUCAUCAAGCCCAAGUCCAUUGAAGCACUUAUGGAAAUGAACCGACGGCAGACAUAUGAACAGGCAAAUAAGAUCUUUGACAAAGCCAUGAAACUGGAGCAAGAGUUUGGAGAGUACUUUACAGCCAUUGUACAGGGUGACUCACUGGAAGAGAUUUAUAACAAGAUCAAACAAAUCAUCGAGGACCAGUCUGGGCACUACAUUUGGGUCCCAUCCCCUGAAAAACUCUGAAGAAUCCCCUCCAACCAUUCUCUUGUGAACAGAAGAAACCAAGUCCCUCUUCCCUCCUUCCUCCUCCUUCCUGUCCCCAUGGGGACACCAAAUGACUACUGUUCUUGUCCCCCUUUUUAGAUAUGUCAAAAAUUGA